AGAUGUGCACAUGUGUUGAAAAUACAGGGACAUGGUAGACUGGCUACUGUUUGGACCAGCGGUAUUCAUUUUUUGUACUAGCCUCCUGGUGAAAUGUAGUUGCUAGCUAACGUUGCAUUUAUCCGCCACCAACCUUAGAUAACACCUGUUGUGAACCAUUAUUCUACAGCUGAACUACGCAAGUGAAAUGUUUGCUGCAGGAUCGAUUUUUAAAACCGCACGGCACUUAUAUAUAAGGAUGGGAAACUUUACAUCAACUUCCUCUGGUGGUUUAUCAAGCACGGCUUCUACUCAAUUCGUACAGGAUGUGAUCGCUCACAACUGUGUUGUGAUAUUCUCGAAGACCACUUGUCCUUAUUGUAAGAUGGCAAAGAAUGUGUUCAAUGAAAUAGGUGCAACAUAUAAAGUCAUUGAAUUGGAUAAACAUAAUGAUGGGAGGCGGCUUCAAGAGGCACUUGCACAAAUAACAGGUGCCCGAACGGUGCCGAGAGUGUUUAUCAAUGGGAACUGCAUUGGAGGAGGCUCUGAUACCAAGGAACUUCAUCAGCAGGGAAAACUUGUACCCCUGAUUGAGCAAUGUUCCCCAUGCUGUUUAGAUAGUCAGAUUGAGGGCUCUGGGAGUGGUCAAUUUGAAUCUAACAAACUUUAAAUAAAGUUUUAGAUUAAUGGUUUAAGUGUUAUAGAUCUCCAUAUAUUUCUUAAACCAGUGUUUCAGUUAAGUAGACAUUAUUUACUUAAAAGACUGAUUCCCAUGUAUUGUACUUGUCAGUAUUUUACAGUGGUUUAUUAGAAAAUGGGAAAAUGCUAAUUUCCCCACCUUUUUGCAAACUGUAGAGUACUGAACACAUUUGCAAAUUUGGAAGUACAUAAAGAGGAAUCUUCUUACGGGAUACUGUGAAACAAAAUAGUGAAGGUGGAUAAGUGUAUUGUAAAGCUUAAUCCCCCAACCAUAUGUGGCAACUUGUUUGUACAACAAGUUUUUUUGUCUGUGUCAUGUGCGAACAGCACUCCUUUUGUCAUCUGCAACACACAAUGAACAUGUACGAUUGUAAAACACUGCUUUGAUGCUGGCAUGAAUAAAGAAAUACUGUGGUAUUUUUCCAGUAAUCAAACACUCUCCUGUAACAUGUUCAUUUUGUUGUUUAACAUGUUCGUACCCAUGAAAACCAUGAUAAAAUUAUAAAAUGUA